GGCGCCGCGCAGAUGGGUCUGCGCGUGCGCAGGGACCGUCGGACCUCCACACACGUGUCGGUCCGUUGUGGGGACUCGGGAGCAUGGCGGCGCCGGGCCAGAAGCUGGAUCGCGGACAGGUUAAAAAGGCCGUGCAGGCCUUGCUUGCAUACACAAAGACCAAAGAUAACACAGAUGAACUGCUUUUGAAUGAGAACGACAAUGUAUACUUAAUGGUGACAGUAUGGAAAAUCCCACCACAAGAACAAGUUAUCAAAAUACCACUUCCUCACGGUAUUCGACCAGAAACAUCUGAAGUUUGCCUCUUCACAAAAGAUGAACCUGAAUUAUCUGCAGAACAGACCGAAAACUUGUACAAGAAACUGUUGAUCCAGAAUGGGAUCACAAGUAUCAGCCAGAUCAUCUCAUAUAAAACUCUCAAAAAAGAAUACAAACCAUUUGAAGCAAAGCGUCGUCUCCUGAACAGAUUUAACCUCUUCCUGGCCGAUGAUCGAAUUAGAAGGCUUUUGCCCUCACAUAUAGGGAAACACUUUUAUCAAAGCAAAAAGGCACCUUUAUCUGUAAACCUGAAAGCCAAGAAUCUAGCUAAGGAACUAAACAAACAUAUCCAGGGAACUAUACUUCCAGUUACCAACAAGGGGUGUUGUUAUACGGCACGUGUAGGUCACACUGGAAUGAAAGCUGAUGAGUUAUUAGAAAAUGUCACUGUUGCUUCUGAGGUGAUUUCCAAUAAGUUGCCAAAGAAUUGGAAAAAUAUUAAAGUUCUUCACCUCAAAACACUGAAAUCUGUUGCUCUCCCAAUCUUCAAUUCAUACAUCUGCAAUUUAGAUGAGCUUGACAAGCAGCCAUCUCUCCAUCAAAAGGGAGUACAGAAAAAGAAAGGAAAGAAAAGAAAACCGAAGUCAGAACAGACUUCAACUAAGGCCAAAGUGACAGCUGAAAAGAAGAACAAUGCUACUACCAAAGACCUUGAGAUGGAACAAAAGAGAAAAGCAGAAACCUUGGCAGUCACAGAACCAGAUGAGGAUGAUGGAGAAAUUCCACAACUUGUUCCUAUUCAAACAGAAGUCAGUAUAGCUGGGAAGGAGAAAACUGAACCAAAUCAGACUCCAGAAAAAGGUGUAAAUAUGAUCAGAAAACUUAAGACACCACUUGGUAAGAGAAAGACAUCGUUGGCUCCGGAGACUCCAAAAACGAAACUAAAAUUGGCUGAAAAUGAGACAGAUUUGCCAACACCAGCUCAACAGAAACAACCCAAGAAGCCCGGGAUCCCAAAGGAAGUAGUAAAGGAUAAGGAGCUGAAAAAGACUCCCAAAAAACCAGCAGCAAAAUCCUUUGUGACACCUCCUGGGGGCAAGCUUGUAAAAUCAGCCAAGAAAGCUCCCAAAACACCAAAACAGAUUCCCAAGAAAAUGAAAGUCCCACAAUCAGCCUGAACGCUGUCAGUUAUAUUAUUGCUUUAGCCUAUGAGGUGAACUGAUUAAACGUAUUUGCUUUGCUUAAAAAGAAAAAAAUUACUAUAAAUCAGAGAAAACAGCUUGAUUAAAAGAAAGCCUGAGCAUAGGGAGCUGUCUUCACCAAGGUUUAUAAUUGCCUAUCAGUGUUUCCUACCAGUAGCAGUGGGGCUAGGUGACAUGUAAAUAAACCUUUUUCUAACUUGG